GGCGCUCCGCUAAUCACUUGCAUUCUUUCUGUGCAAUAAAAAUGACGAGAAUCGUUUUAAAAAGAGAAUGAGCGAGUUAUAAGUGUGUUUUAGUAGUGACCAUGCAGGCGGACAGUGCGGCGGUGUCGGAGGCACCUAGCAGCGGGAGCGAGGAGUCUGAUUGCGAGCAGGAGGCUGACGCGGAUGCAGAUGCGGCUCUCACGGAGGAAUGGGCGCGCGAAUUGUUGGCUGAAGCGGGCGUGGCAAACCCUAACGAGGUCCGCGUGGAAUCGCGUGCAGGAGUCGCCGGCGCCCUGAGCAGGGUGCUCGCCGUAACAGUCCGCUAUGAAAGCGCCGGCGAGCGUAGGGCUUUGCCCCUCGUUGUCAAGCUGCCUCCCAGAGACCCUUUCGGGAGACUGUUCGUGGCAGAGGCCCAAUUUGACACCAGAGAAAUACUGUUUUAUACUGAAUUGGCACCAGCGCUGAACAGGUUGGCCGAAGAAGAACUUGGACCCGGUAUGGGCUUGCCGGUGCCUAGGUGCGUGAAGGCGAGAUUACCAGAUGAAAUAGGAGGUGAUAGCGAAUUAGUUCUGGAAGAUGUUACAGCCGAAGGUUUUGAGUCUGCAGACUUCGCUGAAGGUCUCACAGAAGAGCGUGCGAGGUCUGCGCUUCACGCAGCUGCUCGUCUUCACGCCCUUUCCCUCGCCCUCCGCGAAAGAGAAGGCCCCCUAGACCAAAGAUUCGACUUCCUUUUUCCUUGUGAGAGAGCGGCAGCGGGAUAUCUCCGUCUUGUUCGACGAGGUCUUCCACAACUCGAGUCGUUUCUACGAGGGCGAACAGACUGCUGCGAAGAAGCUGCAGCAGUGUCAGAAUUAGUGUCACGAGCGCCUUCCUUGCUAGGAACCCUACUGCGGCCUGCCGAGCCCGCUCCACUUGCCCACGCCGACUUUUGGAGCGGAAACUUAUUGUUUAGAGAAAGAGAUGGUGUCAGCGAGUGUAUGGCGUUGGACUGGCAAAUGGUAUCGCUUGGACGACCGAUGGAUGACGUAGCGCUGUUGCUACUUUCGUCUCUGACACCUGAAAUGAGAAGAUCGGUGGGCGAUAGUUUGAUAGAAGAAUAUGGGGAUCGUUUGGAAGCUGAGUGUGCGAGAUUAGGGGCGUCCGCUGCAGGGGCAGCUGUGCGACGAGGGUUGCGGCCGGACUGGCCUAGAGCGGCGUUACGAGCGUUGUUGCUAUGUGCUGGCAGCGUAGAUGUUGCGUUAGGAGAACCUAGAGCUGAGAGACGUCUUUUGGAAGCAGUGCGAGACCUCCACGAGCAGGGAGUGCUCGCGCUACGGCCCGAUACUGAAGCGUGAGGAGACGCAAACACUUCAAGUGCCAAGAUCGUGCGGAAUCAUUUUAAAGGGUUCUCUUCAUUAACGAAGAAAGCAGUCCAGUUGCAUUUGUAGGUUUAUUUGAUUUAUGAAUAUUUUCAGCACAAAUUACAUUUAGUGGUGUGUUAUUAUAAUAUUCAUCCUUUUUGGCAACGAUUGGAUUUGUCGGUCGCGUUGAAGCGGUGGUCUAAAGCCUAAAUAAAGACUGAAUAACGUAUGUAAUAAACGUGUCGUACGUCUAUUUACGUGCAUGUACCUUUCCUGGGUAAUAUUUGCUCAUCGUAUGAAAAGGCUAGAAAUUCAUUGCGGUCUAUUGACUAUUAU